AUGAAAGUCCAUUAUAUUAAUAUAUUAUUGUUUGCUCUUCCAUUAAAUAUAUUGAUAUAUAAUCAAAGGAACCAUAAAAGCACCACACAUCAUACAUUAAAAAUACCAACCACCAGGUUAUUAUGCGAGUGCGACCUAUAUAUUCCUAAUUAUGAUAAUGAUCCACAAAUGAAAAAAAUAAUGGAAAAUUUUGAUCGUCAAACCUCACAAAGGUUUCACGAAUAUGACGAAAGGAUGAAAACUACACGCCAAAAAUGUAAAGAUAAAUGCGAUAAAGAAAUCCAAAAAAUUAUAUUAAAAGAUAAAAUCGACAAGGAAUUAACCGAAAAGUUUGCUACGUUACAAACUGAUAUACAAAAUGAUGCUAUUCCCACAUGUGUUUGCGAAAAAUCCUUAGCAGAUAAAGUGGAAAAAACAUGUUUAAAAUGUGGAGGUGUGUUGGGAGGUGGUGUGACACCUGCUUGGGGUUUGAUCAGCGGUAUUGUUUAUACUGGAUGGAAAGCAGCAGCGUUGGCAGCUGCUAAGAAACUUGCCGCAGAAGCUGGUGCAGCUGAGGGUGCUUCUCAGGGUGCUGCGGCGGGUGCGACUAGACUUAUUGAAUUAAUACAAUCAACAUUUCAGGUCCAAAAUAUAGCUGGACAGUCAUUAGAAUCAAUUUUUACUGCUCAAACUUAUACUGAUGUCUCAAACAUUACUAAAGCCCUUUUUAACGAAUAUGCAGAAAUAUGUCUACCUAUUUUCACUGACUCAGUCCCUGUUCGCGGCGUUCGCUAUAACAUUAGUAGUCCUAUUUGCACUUUUGUGGAGGAAGGAAUUUUAGCUACAUCGAGAGAUAAGGGUGGUUCACCUAUAACGUUUAUAGAAAAAAAAGUAGAAACUAUGGUGUCAAAAGCCGAAGGGGUUGCUACUGCCAGAGCUGCUGAUGUGGCUGCCGCUAAAACAGCAGAAUUUGAAGCAACAAAGGUGGGUGCGGUAGAAGCUACAUAUGCAGGUUACCACACUACUAUCAUUGCUUCCAUUAUUGCAAUAUUAAUUAUAGUUUUAAUUAUGGUAAUAAUAUAUUUAAUUUUACGUUAUAGACGAAAAAAAAAAAUGAAGAAAAAACUUCAAUAUAUAAAAUUAUUAGAAGAAUAG